AUGUCAUCGACCACAACAGCCAGCGCCAGCAGCACAAGCAGCCACCACCCCGAACUCCACCUCCUCUUCAUCCGCCACGGCGAAACCCAAGACAACAUAGAGCGCGUCCUGCAAGGCCACCGCGACACCUCGCUAACGGCCAAAGGCCUCGCCGAAGCGGGCGUCCUGGCACGCAAGCUCCACGCGGAGCACCCGCACGGCGUCGCUGCCAUCUACCACUCCCCGCUUCAGCGCAUCGUGCAAACGGUGCAGCCCUUUCUCGACCUCAUCUCCUCUACUUCCUCUGGUGCUGCCGCUGCCAGUGGCCAAGCACCAUCUAUCUACGCAGACGCCGACCUCCGCGGCCAGGGGCUCGGUCAGCUCGAAGGCGCGUCCUACGAUGCCAUCGACAUGAGUAGUCCGCGCAGCGCGGAUGGGCGGCCUGGCGUCGAGGACUUUGACGUCUUUGUCGGGAGGUUGAAGCGCGUCUUUGGACGGAUUGUCGGGGUGGAGGCGCCGAAGACGGCGGCAAGCGGGAAAGAUCGGACGGUGUUGAUCGCAACGCACGGCGUGGCCAUCACGAGCUUGUUCAAGGCGCUGGAGGCCAGUCCUGCGUGCGACAAUUUUGGGCCUGCGGUGGCGGAGAGGGGGCCUGAGGCGUGGGAGGUCCGGUGGACGGAUAGUGACGAUGUGGCGAGGUUGGUGGUGAAGAGGCCAGGAGAGCUGCCGCUGAAAGAUCGAGAGGGUGCGGAGGGGGAAGUAGGGAAGGGGCUGGACUGGGAUGGGUUCCAGGGGAAGCCGUUUCUGAUCGACAUGUGGGGCAAGAAGGAGAAGGCAUUAUAG